AUGGUUGGAACUCUCGUCCUUACACGCCACGGUCAAUCCGAGUGGAACAAGCUGAACCUGUUUACCGGAUGGAAGGACCCUGCUCUCACCGAGCUUGGUCGCGAGGAGGCACUCACUGGUGCCAAGCGAGUCGCUGCUACGGGCAUCAAGUUCGACGUGGCGUUCACUUCGGCUCUGCAGCGAGCGCAGACCACGCUCGGUAUCCAGCUCAAGGAGAUUGGUCAGGAGGACAUCCCUAUCCACAAGGACCAGGCUCUGAACGAGCGCGACUAUGGCGAGCUUAGCGGUCUCAACAAGGACGACGCUAGGAAGAAGUGGGGCGAGGACCAGGUGCACAUCUGGCGCAGAAGCUACGACAUCCCGCCUCCCGGUGGUGAGAGCUUGAAGCUCACCGCCGAACGUGUCUGGCCAUACUACCACAAGGAAAUCUUGCCGCUUGUCAAACAGGGCAAAAACGUCAUCGUCGCCGCCCACGGUAACUCGUUGAGGGCCAUGAUCAAGGAUAUCGAGAACAUCUCGGACGACGACAUCGUCGGCCUCGAACUCGCUACCGGUGUUCCCAUCCUGUACAAACUCGACUCGGAUGGAAAGGUCGUUUCCAAGGAGAUCCUCCAGGGCUAA